UUUCCAUUGUCGUCGUCGUCGUCGUCGGCUCCGGCGCCGGAGAGGGGGUGACGGUUGGGGGCGUCCGCGCGUCCGUGCCGGGACGCCCGAAUCAAAAUAUAUCGGCUCCUCUCGGCGGACACGUCUUCCGUUCAGUUUGAUGCACAGUCGCCGGACACGACGCAGCAUAGCUAUAUAUUAUAUAAUAUUAUAUUAUAUCUAUGCACGACGGCGAUUAUAUAGAAAAUUAAAACAUUUUAUACGUUGCGUUAUUGUAAGCGACCGACAACAUUAUUACCUAACAUAUGACUUUUUUUUUAUUAUUGUUUUUCGUGUGUUCGUUUUGGAGGCCGUUUGAUUUUUUUUGGCACGGCCGCCGCCGACCGUUGAUAAUAAUAAUUAUUUAGUGUGAUAAUUAUUGCGAAUCGUUUGUCUGCUGCACGGGUCAUCACGCCAAUCGUGACCGACCGAGCAGCGCGAAAUCGCGGUUUUCGGCACUCGUUUUUUAUUUUGUUUUUUAUUUAUUUUUUUUGUUUUGUUUCGUUUAACGCGCUUUUUAAGACUUUUGUUUUUUUUUUAUUAAUUCAAUUUACUCGUGCCAGCAGUCCGUCAUUAUAAUAUAUAAUUAAUAUAUUAUUAUCGUCUUGGUUUUUAGCGGUUCACAGAGUUCUAUACAGAGUUUCACUUCAAUAUUUUCAUAUCGUUUAUUUAUAUUAUAUAGCAUAAUAUAAGACAAUAAUUAUCGUGUUUUAAUCCGUUGAAUUUGUUUGUAUCAUUUCUGACCGAUGUUUGUGUUUCAGGUGUAUAGAACGGAAAACUGCACGACUUGUUUUUUCAACUAACCAAGCUGUAUUGUGUAGCUGCCGUUGGCUUUUCGUCGUAUAAUAAAUCACACACGUUUUAAUACAUAACAUAAUAGUAUUAUAUUAUACAUAAUAUAAUAUUAUUAUAUAGUGCACCAAUUCUACACGCUGUCGUACUAUAUUUGUGGAAAUCACUCGCAGAGCAGAUUUGAUAUACAUUAUUAUUAUUUUAUUCGCUAAUCUAUUUAUUUAAUUUUAUUUAUUACUUUAAGCUAUUUAUCGUAUUUGUAGUUGUUUUUUUUCUUUUUACAUUCAUUAAUAUUACAUUUUAUAGUUUUGUAUUUAUACAUAAUAGCGAUUCGUCUGCGAUACGGUUCACACGCCGUUAUCCGUGGGUUUUAUGUGUUUUUCAACGAAAACGUUUUGUUUCUGAUUCAGCUGCUGUGUAAUCAGCGGUCUCGGCGAUGGCGGACCAACAACAGGAACAGUACGAACAGCAGCACAGGCGUUGGUACGCCGAGUGGAUCCGCAAGCAGUACGACGGGCCGGGCUGCCGGGCCAAGAUCGUCGGUCGGGCCAAGUACGAGCAGAUAGUGCGCGCGGUCAGGGGCGAGUUGCGGCGGGCGGCGGACAACUCCAAGUUCCGGUUCUGGGUGCGGGCCAAGGGUUUCCGGAUGGGAAGACCGACGUCGUCGGGCGCGGCGGCGCAAGUGGACGACUCGGCCGUUUUGUACGUGGUGGACACCAGGAACGGAGGUACGGCGGUCGCAGCGAGCAGCGGAUCCAGGCAGCAGCAGCAGCAGCACUUCGUUUACAAGAAGGUGGCUGUGGUCGACGAGUUCUUCGACAUAAUAUACAGGGUGCACUGCAGCGGUGGAGGUGUUUCGGCACGACACUCGGGACAGAAGCGUACACACCGGAUGAUCAUGGAAACGUACGCUUUUUUACCAAGAGAAGCAGUGACCGCGUUCUUGAUGGGAUGUCCUCAGUGCAGCACCAAUAACUCUACAUCGGCGUCUACUGUCGACGCGUCUGUUGAAGGUUUACAACAGACUUCACACGCCGUUACCAACGUUGAAUUUUUUCAAUGCCCUAACGUAGAGCAAUGGUCGUCUUCAAAGUUUGCGUGUUCCACUCCGGUGAAACAGAACGAGGAAAGUAACAGUGUCGUAAAACCAGAUUCUGUCGAUGGUACGAACUCGAUUGUCGCCACCGAAGUAACCAUGGGGGCUGACAAGGAAAACGUUACGGAUAACGAAUGUCAAAUCGCCGUGGUUGCGACGACGAAGGGUGGUAAUAAGCGUAAACGUACGGUGCCGCUGAAACGUAACGUUCGACAGCCGUGCCAAGUCUUAGAAGCCACCACCGCCGCUAUCACUACAGCCGGAAACUCAAGCUCGGACAGUAGUACUUUGAAGAACAGUAGUAACAGCAGCUGUACGCUAAUGUUAUCGUCAUCGUCAUCGUCGUUGUCGUCCCGUGCAGAAUCGGGUAGUGGUGUGAGUAGAUCGAGUGGAGGUUGGUGGUCAAAAUGGGGAGUGUGUAGUAACGGUAGCAGAUUAAGCGUAAGUAUAGGUGGUAGUGAUUUUAGUGGUGUCAACAGUAACAUGCAACCCUUAGACUUGUCUUCGUCACCACUAUUAACAGUUUCACCCACGCAAACGACUAUUCGAUCGUCGUCGUCUCCGUCCGUUGUCACCGAUGAUUUUUUUUACAAGCGUAAACGCAUACGGCGUAGACGUGUUCGGCCAAAACGUUUGAACCGGUCGUCAUUAGGUCGUCGUGGAGAUAAUUGCGAAGAGGAUGACACGUCGAUGAGUGAUUGCGAUAGUAAUUAUGAGGUAGUUAGAAAUAGUUAUAGAGACAGUGAUAAUGUUGGUAGUUGUGUUAAUGUAGAGGCCGAUGGAAGUAUUAUAGACGAACAACAUACUGCGAUGAUGGGAGAAAAAGUUGACAGUGGAGAGAUAGACGAGGAGGAAUAUGAAGGUCCUAGACCGGCUAAAAUACAAAAACGAAUGCGCGAAGAGAUGGGUGAUCGUAAAUAUAAUAACAAUGAUGACGAUUUCUAUGAUAAAGCGACAUCUGCGGUGACGUCGAUAGUGAAAACAACGGUGGCAACUAUAAACUGUUGUGAUGGUGACAAUAGUCAAGAAAAUGUCGAGGACGCUUUGUCAAGCAGUAUGGUGACGGAAACACAAGAAGAAUUCACUGAAAUCGACAGAACUGAAGGCGAUGAAUCGGACGAAAACCAAGAAAAGAGUGCAGCAUUGCAUUCGCCCAUAAACAAAAGGAUUAAUGGCACUGGCCAUCAUCCUUAUAAUAUGCAUCAUACAUCCAGGAGUAUUAUGAACGGUCUUGCAACGUCUUCAACACCAUCCUCACUAUCGAAGUCGUUAGACACAAUUACUACCAGCAGCAACAGUCACCAUAAUUUCCACCGGCAUUGGUUAGACAUGGCAAACGAUUCUGUCAAUAACAGUAGUAUGAUGGACGUGGAUGGAUCGGCUGAUGACAACUCGAUGGCAGCCGCUGCAGCCGCAGCUGCUGCUGCUCUGCUUUUUAGCCCUCCGUCGUCUGUUGGCAGUGGUAUCUCACCCGGUGGGCCGUUAUCGUCCUUACAUCCCAACUCGCAUCUUGCACAUCAUCACGCUUUGUCACCAUUGGCUCCACUCGCAUUGCCACCUCAUUCGGCUGCGGGUAUCGGGCUAACGCCUGCGCAUCAUCAUCAUCAUCAGCACAUCCAACAACAGCUACAACAGUAUGCAGCGGCUGCUGUUGCCGCAGCCACCGCAGCAGCCGCGGCCGCAGCUGCAGCGUCUUCGGCUGGUGAUUCGACAUCACCACCGCCAAAUUUGCCACUAUCUUUGCCUCCAAUGGCCCAUCACUACAACCAAAACAACAAUAUCAGUGGUACAAACAAACGUCGAAGUACCAGUGGUACAGGAUUGACAGUACAACAACAGCUGUAUCGAAGAAGUGGGACUCCUACGUCCUCCACUACGUCGUCACCUUCACCAAGACAAUUGAAUUCCAAAAAUGACGCUGAUACAACAACAAGCAGCACUGGUUUGCACGAGAACAGCAGCUUUUCGACAUCUGGACUCCCAACUACUACGACAACUGUGCUCUGGCCACCUUUGGGACUUCUCACUGCAGCGCAUCAGCAACAUCAUCAUAGUAUGUCAUCACCUCCAAAAUUUCAGCAACUAUUUGGUUCGUCGGUUAACUCUCUGGCCACAGUUACAGCUGGAUCACAAGUCCUACCAUCGUUGCCACCACCGCCAAUUUCAUCACCAUCAUCUUCAUAUAGGUUACCAUCCAAAGAAACAAAUGGUAUGGCAGUGACUACUACUAACGGUAAUGUUACUGGCAACGAUAUUGGAAUUGGAACUGGUGCUGAAAAUGCAAUGAACGCAGACGAAGAUGACACGGCAAUUGAUGAUGAGGAAGAUGAAGAAGACGAAGAAGAUGAAGAAGAAGAGGAGGAGGACCUUGAUGAUUUUGAUAUCGAAGAAGGUGAAGAAGAUGGUGAUGAAGAAGAAGGAGAAAGAAAUGCAGAUGGUGGUGAUGGAAAUGGUGCACAAACUCGACGAUUGCGCAGGCAACAAGUCAGACGUUUACGACAACUACAGCGUGCUGGUAACAGUAAUAACAAUGCAAACGAUGGCACUGAUUCUGGAAUUACUACAAGCUACCGCCAACACUGGCAACAGCCUUCAACUACCACAACUACUGCUAACUCUUUAUCACAACAGCAACAUCAACAUUCUGUUGGAUCAUCUCAACAUCAUAUUGAUCCAGAGCGUUUAAAAGCAUUCAACAUGUUUGUCCGACUGUUUGUGGAUGAAAAUUUAGAUAGACAAGUGCCUAUCAGCAGACAACCCAAAGAUAAGGUACAGGCAAUUAUUGACUCGUGUGGAAGACAGUUUCCUGAACUUUCAGAUAGAUCACGUAAGCGUAUCAGAACCUAUUUGAAAUCAUGUCGUCGCAAUAAGCGAAACACGCCACAAUCUGGUGGUGUUGCUUCAUCGUCACCUCCUCCGCCAACUAAUCCAUGGCCAACAAAUGGUUCUUCUUCUGAUCCAACUGUGCAGCCGCAAAGACCAACUCCAGCACAUUUAACAAGUGCUCAAGCUGAAACUAUAUUAGCAGUAGCUUGUCAACGAGAGUCGGAUAAUGCCAGACGAAUGCGUCUAGGUCUUGAACCAGUUGCACAGCCUUAUCCAUAUUCGGUUACUCCAACAUCGGCAUCUAAUGUAUUUCAACAACCAUCUGGUACUUUAUUAUUAAAUCAAAAUGGAAACGGCGGAGCUACAUUGCAAAUGUCAUCGACGUCAUCAGACGAAGACGCCGCUGUAGGCGACAGUAGUUUUGAAAAAGCAACUUCUAAUGCUAUUGAAACUGAUAAUGAACAUCGCAAUGGUAACAACGAAGCAGAAAAUCGAGAUGGUUGCGACCGUCGAGAAGUAACCGAAUCUGUUGAAGGAGGUUCUGGUGGCGAUUCUGCAAACAUGACCAACACUGUUAAUGACGAAUUGAACUUGUCAAAUGUGACUAGUGGAACUAACGUUACAUCUUCAUCUCCUAAUAAUAAUGAAAUUGCUGGACCGACCGACCUGAGUGUUAAUAAAUCUUCUUCUGCUACCACUCACAGUAUGGGUACUAGUACUAUGGCUGCUAUUCCUCCAGCACCAACAGGAGGCGGAUACAUGAGCGGUUCUGGUUUUAGAGGUCUCUCUACAUCUACAUCAACUACGACAGUCAACCACCGUCGAGUCAGCAGUAACAACUCGUCUUCGGCUACUGGUAUGCUUCAGCUGUUUCCAACCAUGAACACGGCAUCCAGUAUCUCCAGUGGUACAACUCCCGCGCUUCCAAUACAACCAUCGAUGCUUAACCAAACAACACCGCCAGUACAACCAAGCAGUAAACUUUUGAAUAAAGCUGAUGUUGUAACUGUUAGGCAACUUAUUGCUGGUUACAGGGAAUCAGCGGCUUUUCUAUUGCGUUCGGCUGAUGAACUAGAACACCUUUUGUUAUUACGAGGAUAAUUUUUAUUACAAAAAAAAUGUAGAAUAGUCAAAAAACGUGUUAAAUUUUUUUUUUUUUUUUUUUUAAUAUCUCUGUUUUUGUGUAAAGUACAAACAAUUUUUAACUAAUUUGUGAUUAUUAUUUUUUUUUUUUUGUGUUUGUGUGUGUGUGUGCAAAGCACAGUCAAAAUUCUUUUGUUAUGUUUAGUGUACGAUUUGUUAUUACUUCUUCAUAUUAAUGAAGAGGAGGAUGACAUAGAGUGUACCAACGACAUACGAUAGGAUUUUUGAAUGUGCUAUUUAUAUUAUAUUGUUAUUGGAGUCAAAAAUAAACGUAACAUAAAUAUUAUAGUAUUAUGACUAUUAUUAUAUAUAUAUUAAAUUAUAUAUUAUUAUUAUUAUUAUAUUAUUAUUAUUAUUAUUAUUAUUAUUAUCAUUAUUAUUAUUAUUAUUAUUAUAUUAUUAUUAUUAUUAUUAUUAUUAUUAUUAUUAUUAUUAUUAUAUCAUUAUCAAAAUAAAAGUAUUGGAAAAUAUAA